AUGCAUGACAACAACUCCAACAGUACCAACAACAUGGCCCUCCAGCAGAGAGACCCCAACAACACACCGUUAAUUCAACCUACUGCCAAAGUCAAGUGUGUUUUGGUCGGCGAUGGAGCUGUUGGAAAGACUAGCUUGAUUGUGAGCUACACUACCAAUGGUUAUCCCACAGAAUACAUGCCCACGGCCUUUGAUGACUAUUCCGUCAAGGUGACAGUUGACAGUAAACCUGUUCAGCUGCAGCUUUGUGACACAGCAGGACAGGAUGACUUUGAUGCCAUCCGGCCACUGUGUUACCCCAACACUGACAUCUUUCUCUUGUGCUUCAGCGUGGUCUCUCCAACGUCUUUCAACAACAUCCCAGAGAAAUGGGUGCAUGAGAUUCGCAAACACUCGCCUAGGGUUCCAGUCAUGCUGGUGGGCACACAGAGUGACCUUCGCAACGAUGUCAAAGUGCUCAUUGAACUUGCCAAGUACAAGGAGAAGCCAGUAUCUGAGAGUGACGCCUUACGCAUGGCUCACGACAUUGGGGCUGUCCACUACAUGGAGUGCUCAGCACUCACACAGAAGAACCUCAAAGAUGUGUUUGACCAGGCAAUCUUGUCAUCCUUGAACUACCAUGCUGACCUCAGCCAGUCUCAGGUUCGCAAGUCCAGUCGGAAAAAGUACAACCUAGGAGUUAGACAUAGUGCCAGUCUGAAGAAAGCGGGCUGGAAGAAGUUCUGUUGUUUAUUGUGA